UAAUAAAAAGUUUUGUUAAAUGCCUGUAAUGAGCUAUUGGCUCGGUGGUAUUUGCACUGGUCUGUAGAUAUCUCGACACCCGAGUUCAAAUCCACUCAAUCGAGUAGCAGGUUUUUAUUGUUUUUUUAAAUUAAGUAUUUUAACUUCGAGUGACGAAAUUAGGAAUGACCUUCCGGACAUUGUCGGGAGGACAUUGGCGUGUGAAUGACGUGUAACGUCCCGCAGUGUUUACCGGUACAUUUAAUUAUACCGAGAUAGCAUAAUAGUUUAGUGCGUUGCUUGACAGUUGGAAUAUGUUUUGAGUUUAAUAUAAUUAAUGUGUUGUGCACAGUGGGGACUUAGGACAUGCCCCUUUAUGUGAGGUUCAUCACUAAUUACAUCCCUGAGACACCCUGCUGGUCGGGUCUUGGUUUUGGCAGAGUUCCGUUGUCGAAAAAUAAAAACUCUCCUGGCGUCCAAUUUUAGUUAUAUAGAUUUAAACCUAGUUCGUAGUCAUAGUUUAAUUUGUUAUUAGUUAGUGAGUAAGUUAAUAAAUGUAUUACUUGGCCAGGUUCUUUAUUUGCUUUCAUGGCAACCCGUAACAGAUAGCGCCCAACGUUAAAACAAAACGGGUUAUUCGAUACAUUUUAGUUAACAUUUUUUUGUAGUAUUUUUUAUCUACCGCCAUACAUAGUGUUGUUAUUUAAGCAAUAAGGCAAAGUAAAAUUUUGUUUAGAUUUAACAGUAUGAAAUGAUUUAUAUCGUGCAUUAUUGUUAAGUAAGAAUUAAUUUAUGUGAUCUACGUAUAAUCAUCCGUGUCUGUUUAAGUUCUAACGUACGAUUUUGUUGGAUACUCACUAUUGUUAAAUGAUGUAUAUUAUCAGUGUUAUCUUAGCUAGUAAUUUUAUUAAAUUAUUAUUUGGUUAAGAACACAUUUACGGGGUUCUAUUAGAUAAAUACCUACAUUUGUAAUUUAGUUCUAUGUAAACAGUAGGCAUUAAGUAAUCACUGCUAACUUGAGAAAGGAAUACAUCCCGAUAAGUUUACCCUUUUGUGCACAGCUCUGAGUAACUAUCUUAAGAUUUUUUUUUGUCCCUUAUUUCUGUACUAUGGAUCCCCAGUACUUAUUAAAGGAUGAAGUUGAAUUUGAACUCGCGUGUAGAGGUUAUACACACGGGGGGGGAUUGGUUUCGGCGUUAAAGAGAAUAUUAAAGAAAAUGAUACAGGUUGAAAGUACACAAGAAGUUUCCUACGCUAUAAAAGCACCACAGUCAUGUACUGAAACUCCAGAGUUACAACUAGAGAUUUGUGCGGAUAAAAUCAAUGCAAUUUUGUGCUAUGUUUCGGAAUUAAAUGAAAAACCUGACCAGCAACUUUACAAACGCUUAGUAUCACGUUUAAUUCAUAUAGUAAAUAGACUAAAACUGGUGUCGCCUAAAGACGAAUUAGAGGAAGAAAAGAAGAAACUAUUACUAGAUAAAACUGCCUUAUUAAUGUCCGACUUAGAAGUAAAAGAUGAAUUAGAGGACGGGGAUGACAUAACACCAGAAAUGAAAGAAGCAUUACAAACUUCGUUAGGUGAGGAUAGUAAGAAAAUUUUAAAUCUAAUUGAUAAGAAAUCGAUUGUAGCCCCUACGGCACCAUCCACUUCAAAGUCUGAGAAUGAAAUAGCAUCGAAAAGCCAACGCCAAAAUUAUGAAGAUAAAAAAGUAAAUUUUGCACAAGAUGAUUUAGACCUUGCGGAUUUCAAUAAUGAAAAAUUUAGACACUCCAAAUUAUUUAACUCUACUACAUUUGAAGAUGACCGGCCCCCAUGUAAACAAAAACUAGUCCCUAUUAGUCAAUGGGGUGUCCAUUAUUCAGGUGAUAAUAGUUGCAGCGUCAAUGCAUUCAUAGAACGUGUGGAUGAGCUCAAGGAAGCCAGGAAUGCUACUGACUUGGAUUUAUGGCGACAUGCAAUAGACUUCUUUAAGGGUGAUGCUCUAAUUUGGUUUCGAGCAAAUAGAGAAUACGUUAAUGACUGGAAAGAACUAGUUAUAUUACUGAAGCGCACAUUUCAGGCACCGUAUUACCAAGAAGAAUUGCUUGCCGAAGCUAAAUCUAGAACUCAGGGUAAACAUGAAUCUGUGCUUAUUUUUAUUGCGGUUUUACAAAAUAUGUUUAAUAGACUUCCCAACAAAAUUCCGGAAACGGAAAAAAUUAUGAUCAUAGUUAAAAACCUCCAGCCAUAUUAUCAAAGAGCAGUAUGUAGAGAUACAUUUACUUCGAUCGCAGAUCUAAUUAACGUCCUAAGAAUAGUGGAGCGAACUAAAAUAAAUUGUGACAACUUUCAAGAACCUAAAACUUUCAUAAACUCUCUAGAGCCAGACUUAGCAUACAAGGCUACGUCGACCCCAAUGGUCGAUAAGGAAAUUCUAGAGAUAAAAAAUGUUGCAAUAAACAAUGGCGCUAAAAUUAAAAUACGUUGUUGGAAUUGUCGGGAAUCGGGGCACGCAUUUCGAUCAUGUCCAGUACCUAAACAGCGAUUAUUCUGUUUUAAAUGUGGGCGCUUCGGCGUUACUUCCAAAGAUUGCACGUGUAAGGGAAACGCUAUAGGGGAAAGCGCAAAACCUGCCAACUGAGCUUUCCCCUUGACAGAAAUGAUAAAGAAUGGCAGGACUGGUUGUCAUUUGUUCGGAAUUUCAUGUCCCAAGACGUAUUAUCUCUAACAUUUAAAAAACAAUUUGAUAACAGGCAUUAUGUACACCUUAACAUCUUAGGAUACACUUGUAGUGGUUUAUUGGAUUCUGGCGCCACUCGUACAGUAGCAAAUUCUAAUUUCGUAAAUAUUUUAAAACGCCUUGGAGUAAAAACACAAAAACUUAAACGCAUGAACAUAUCAACUGCAGAUGGAACCAGUCAUUGCAUCAAAGAAUUAUUUGAUGUACCAAUGCAAUUUAACAACCAAUUUUAUAUUAUUCCUGUGUUACAUAUGCCAGGUUUAGCACAAACAUUGAUAUUGGGUAGGGACUUUUUUGACAAAUUUGGUAUCUCGUUUCAGUUUACAUCUGAUUUGAUGCAAGAACCAGCCAUUGUGAAUACAAUUACUCAUCAAUCAGUAACAAUUAUGAGUAAGGAGGAUUUAAAUCCAGAUCAGAAUAAAGCUCUGGCAAAUAUCAUCACGGAAAUUAGGAACAAGAUUGGGAUAGGGCUUGGCAGAACUAAAAUUAUUAAACACACUAUAGAUACAGGAGACAGUAAGCCGGUACAUUUGAAGCAAUAUAACUUUUCGCCAGUUAUUAGGAAAGAAAUAGAAAAAGAAUUAGAUGAAAUGUUAGAUAAAGAUGUGGUUGAACCAUCUUACAGUCCCUGGUGCUCACCUUUGGUUAUGGUUAGGAAACCUAAUGGUGGCAAUAGGCUUUGUUUAGAUAGUAGACAGCUCAAUAAGGUCACCAAACGAGAUACAUAUCCCUUGCCGAGGGUGUCCUCAAUCUUAGACAAUCUACGCAAUGCAAAAUUUCUUAGCACUAUUGAUCUAAAGUCAGCAUUUUGGCAAAUUGAAUUAGAGGAAAAUAGCAAAGAAAAAACAGCAUUUGCUGUGCCGGGCAGGGGAUUGUUUCAAUUUAAAGUCAUGCCCUUCGGUCUAGUUAACGCUUCACAAUCACAACAAAGGUUAAUGGACAUUUUAUUUCAUGCGUUAGAAGGAAAAGUUUGGGCCUACCUAGACGACAUCAUAGUAUGUUCGGAGAACUUCGAUGAGCACAUAAAAAUAUUGAAAGAUGUUACAAACAUUCUGAAAGAAGCCGGGUUAACAAUAAAUGUAGAAAAAUGUAAAUUUGCUAGACCUAGUCUGCGUUUCUUAGGAUAUAUUAUUGAUAAGGAUGGGUUACGUACAGAUCCUGAUAAAGUUUCAGCCAUUAUAAAUUUUCCUAGACCUAGAAAAAUAACAGAUUUAAAAAGAUUUAUAGGAAUUGCCAGCUGGUAUAGAAGAUUUGUCAAAGAUUUUGCCACUAUUGCGGCACCUUUACAUAAUCUAACAAAAG